GUGGACUCGAGCGAAUUAUGAAAUAAUCUCUACCCACCUCAACUCUCUCCGAACCUCACGCCUUCCAUAAACUCUUCGAUUCUUCGGAAUUUCUGCGGUUAAAGCCUUUGGGACCCCAACAACCUUGGAAAGCUCGACAUGCGUUCUUCAGCACUCUUGGGGUUCGCACUGACCCUAAGUGCCUUUGUCGAUGCCGCGCCGACGGCGCUCAAGGCUACCGUCGGGGAGAUCGCGAAUCCUCCAGUCCUCAAUGCCAGGAUCGAACUCGACGAUCCGCCGGUCCUUAAUGCUCGCACUGAGUUGCAAGAUCCGGCUGUUCUCAAUUCCCGGUCCGAGUUGAAAGAUCCAAUGGUUCUGAACGCGCGUGCGGAAUUGGAGGACCCAGCGGUCUUGAAUGCACGGACGGGGAUCGAGGAUCCUGCCGUUCUCAACGCCUAAUGUUAGAGCCGUGCUCAGGAUGCUACGUGUAAAGACACUUGAAAGGAGGAAGCUGUGCCUCUCGGCAAGCCGCGAUAAUGGGAUGAUCUCUAUGAGAAGAAUUCAAGACUUUUGUGCGACCUUUUCCUCAUUGUCAUUUGCAAUCCAACUCCAGCCGUGGAUGUCGCUCGUCAUUCUUUAGACUAGGUUGAACAACGACUUCAUUCAAGUCAAU